UCUUUGGGACCCAAACUUGUUUCAGGAAAAAGCGCCUGAACAUAUUUUUUUCUCUCGCUGGCUGGAAGAAACAAGACAGCCGCGUCCGUGCCAGGGAGAAGGCGUAGACUUCCUCCAAACAUUUCCUCCGCCAUCUCCACUUUCGAGACUCAAAGUUUUGUGGAAUCUUUGUAACGAGAGGAGUUUUUAUAUCUUCUAUUCCUCCUCUUCCUCCACCACCACCACCACCACCACCUGGUUGUUUCUUUCUUUGCCAUAGAACAACCGAGAGGAUUCCUCCAUCUGAACUUUUUUGCAGACAUGGACUGGGGAACGGAUCUUUGGGACCAGUAUGAUCACAUCGACAAGCAUACGCAAUCAGGGAUCGACCUGGUGGAGCGAUACAUAAAGUUUGUGAAGGAACGGACAGAGAUAGAGCAGGGCUACGCCAAGCAACUCAGGAAUCUAACAAAGAAAUAUGCCAAACGAGGGAGCAAGGAAGAGCAAGACUGCAGAUUCAGCAAUCACGCAUCAUUUCAGGAGAUCCUGAACGAGCUGAACGAUUACGCCGGCCAACGGGAGCUCAUCGCCGAAAACAUGAUCACUGCCAUUUGUGUUGAACUCACCAAAUACCUUCAGGAUCUGAAACAGGAACGCAAAACACACCUAUCUGAUGCCAAGAAGGCCCAGCAGAAUUUAGAGAGCAGCUUUAAGCAACUAGAAAGUACUAAGAAGCGCUUUGCCAAGGAGUGGGCGGAGGCUGAAAAAGCCACACAACAAGCAGAGAAAAUAGAGAACGACCUCAAUGCCACCAGACUCGAUGCCGAGAAAGCCAAGCAGCAUGCCCAUUCCCGCACACACACAGCGGAGGAGUGCAGGAGCGACUAUGCAGCACAGCUCCAGAAAUACAACAAGGAACAAAACUUCUUCUACUACUCAGAGAUACCGCAGAUCUUCAAUAAAAUGCAGGACAUGGAUGAGCGGAGGAUUCGGCGAAUGGCGGAGGGCUACUGCCAGUUUUCAGACAUUGAGAAGAAGGUGCUGCCCAUUAUCUCCAAGUGUCUAGAGGGAAUCUCUGCAGCAGGGGUGAAAAUUGAUGAGAAAAAGGACUCGAUAUUGUUCAUAGAGCAGCACAAGUCUGGUUUUGAGCGGCCUGCAGAUGUGGAGUUUGAGGACUACACCCAAGGAAUCAAACCAGCAACCUCUGACUCCAGCCUCAACCCACCCAAAGUGCGUGCCAAGCUUUGGCCUUUCAGCAAGAAGCACAAGAUAUCACAUGCUGAAAAGCACACGCCCCCUGCUGCAGAAGAUUUCUCUCACCUUCCUCCGGAGCAGAGGAAGAAGAGGCUGCAGGGGAAGAUUGAUGAUAUCACUAAAGAUCUGCAGAAGGCGCAGGACCAAAGUGACGCACUGGAGAAGAUGAAGGGUGUGUAUGAGCAGAAUCCACAGAUGGGAGACCCCUCCAGUCUGGAGCCUCAGAUCACAGAAACGGCCCAGAACAUAGGCCGUCUGAGGGGAGAGCUCGCCAAAUAUGAGACGUGGCUGGCAGAAGCCGUGGGAGGAGAUGAAUCUUCCAACACCAUCAACAACAAUACUCAACAUGGGAUUGUAGCAGCUGACCAGUCUCAGAACAUCUAUACAGAUUUUGAAGACGAGUUCGACGACAUAGAAACUCCUGUUGGCCAGUGCACGGCUCUGUACACAUUUGAAGGCAACAGCGAGGGCACCAUUUCCAUUACGGAGGGAGAGCUGUUGAGUAUAAUGGAGGAGGAUAAAGGAGAUGGAUGGAUGAGAGUCCUUAGAGCCGGUGGAGAAGAGGGCUAUAUACCUUCAUCAUACGUCAAACUUAGCCCAUAACACACACAUACACACACACACACACACACACACUCUCAGAGCUUGUGAUGGAAAGUUAAGAGUCAAAAGUGAAUACAAAGUCAUCCAUGAUAAUUGGAGCUGUUCUCUACGUCUUUUAUCUCAGCCAGUGACGUGUAUAGUGAGAUGAAAGUGAGUGAUUAUAAAGCUUGUUAUCAAGGCUGAUUGCGAUAUCAUACACUCCCUGUCUCUGCUCGCCGCAGCAGGAGAAGCUGUCUCCAAACGCAGACUGUCAGUCCUGUCUGAUCUUUAUAAAUUUAAGCUCUUUUAGAAGCCAAACCUUUGAAUGUAUACCUGAACUUUUUGUCACAGUGUUAAGUGACGACUCAUGUAACAUAUUCAGCAUCAUAGUAGCCUGAUGCUACAUUUCUUUAUGUCGAUAUAUCCAUUAACUUGACUUUCCCGCUGCCAUUUGUAAUAACCUGCUGAACUUCUUUCUGUAACACCGGCCCUCUGCUAAAACCUCUUUUCUGACAGGAUAAUGUGAGUUUUUUUUAUAAAUCAUAGUAAUGUUAUAUGACUUAUAACUGGAUGAAAACCACUACUCUAGAGGGAGUGCGCAAAAUAUAAAUUCUCUAUAUGUCACAGUUAAGGAUAUGCUCACAGUUUUUUAUUGUUUGUCUUAAAACAAUACACAGGUUCCCCUAUGAACGUUGAAACGGGCUCGCUGUGAUCACUCCUGUUCAUACUGGCCCUGAAGAGAUCCCUUCCUUAUGUGCUUCUAAUGUAAGAGAUGGGGAACAAAAUGCACUUCCCAAAUGUUUCUCCUUUUGGGAAGAAAAAUGCAGUUUUCUGAAGCUAAUAUGAGGCCUCUGCGGCUAGACUAAUCAAGUGGACAUCUUCCAACGUUCUUUUUUUUAAUACAAAAUUAAUUCUUUGUGUUACUAUCCUCCACUACAGCUCAGCAUGAAAACACUGAUUUCAUACUAAAAAGACUUUAGAAGAUGCCCUCUUGAUAUGAGUAACUCAGCCUGCUGGGAUUUCAUAUUAGCUUCAAAUAACCUUCAAAAAUGUUUUUACACAGAACAAAGGCAUCCCUGACAUUGGAGCCCCUUUAUGGAGGGAUCUAAUGACCAGUAUGAAGUGGCAAUGUGAACCUUUUGAACUGCAUAUGAUAUAUUAGUUUCCCUACUAAAGUGAAGUCUGCAAGGAAACUUGCUUUGUAAUGUCUUUUUCUGAAUUUAGGACAGGGUUGGUAAAAAAAAAAAAAAAUGGAAAAGCACAACAGCAAUAAUCAGUUCAAUGUAAAGUAAAAAAUAUGGCAUUAACCGUGUUAUAAUUACUGACACACAUACUUGGUGAACUGCGUGUUUUUGAAUUUGAUAAGAUGUGCAACACUAAAGUGGAAGUCCUGGUCUUCACUUUUUUAAUUCCAACUUUGCACAUAAAAGUAGAAAAACUGGUCGUCAACUGGUUCUUCUUUGAUGGUUUUUAUAUUUCUCCCACGUGUAUACUGGUUUUACAUGGUUUAACCCCGUUUUUAUAUACUGAGCCUCCAGGCCUCUUAUUGGCCUUCUGAAAUACUCUGAAACAAAGGACAUUUUUAUAAACCUUUGUCAUUAUUCUGACCUGAAAUCCAGAUGACCUGUUCAACCAAGUUUAAAUGGAAGGAAAUUGGACUAGACGAGGAGCUGAAUCUUAAACACUCCACUGCCAGGAGUAAAAAGAAAUUGUUUAAAGAUGCACUCCAGACAUGUUUUAAAAAUACUCUGCUGUAAAUAAUGUGUCCAAUAUGGUUUUUCCACAAAAAAGUAAUUUAAUUUAGCUAGUUAACAAUUCUAUGGUCUGCUUCUUUCUCAUCAUAAAAUCCAGAAUCUAUGAAUACUUUAUACUGGAAAGUUCAUUUUGUUUGUGGUCUCGAGGUUUUAAGUUUCCAUAUCACUCUUGGGUAAACAGACAAUGGUUUUUAGAUUUAAGGCAAAGCACAGAGAAACUUUCGUCCUGUAGCAGACACAUUUGUCAAACUCCGGACAUACAUGAUUCUGCACAAUGAAGCUCAAACAAGAAAACAAACAAAUGUUUGAGUGGAGGACUUUCAAAAUCUUGUUUGGCCAGGUAUGGUUUUACCCAUCUCUUUCUCUGCCACUCUGUUCUGGACUAGUGGACAUUUUAGGGGUAUUAUUGUAUGAUCCAUCUUUUUUUGUAUCAUUUGAGUCAUAAAGUGCAAAGAAAAAAACA